AAAAUAGGGGGCAAGAACAUCGGUUCAUCACUGGGAGAGAAAACCCAUAUAAUAAGCAAAUUAAAAGUAAAGUAAAAAACAUAACAUUUCACAUUCUCAUUCAGUCCAAAAAGCUCCUCCAGAUUGGCCCAAUUGUUGGUGUGCUCAUGCGGAUGUGGACUGGCCACUGUUUAGAAGAUUAAUCUAAAACGACGAAACAUAAAGUAGGCGUUAGGUUCAAGGACACGCGGCGCAUACGACGGUCUCCAAAUAGCCGCAGCCGCAGUGCCCGAGCCAAACAGAAGCUAAAAUUCCAGUGGCUAUCCAUUAGCAGGACCAGGAGACCCCGCCAUCAUCAAUAUCUACAUCUAAUUGGGAGAGGAGCAGCAUUACUCGUAAAUAUGGCUGUCAAACAGAAUAACAAUGAGAUUCAACAAGAUGCUUCCGAUGGUGCGACUGGUGGCAAAAAGUCAUCAGAAACUCCUGCUGGAGGCGGAGGAGGAGGCGGUGUAGGCGGAGGAGCAGGAACAACAACUGGAGGAACAAUGCCACCAAAGAUCUCCGAAGAGGGCGUGGAAAUAUUAUUGGAGGAUUUAGAUACCAAUUCCGCGUCUACCACCACCAACAACAACAGCAACAACACAAACAAAAAUGGUCUCACAAAUCUAAGGACCGUUCUACACAACAUUGAGCAACUGCAUCAUCAAGAUCAGACCGAAAAUAUGUUGCUCAUCUAUAAGCGCAUACUAUACGAGCUGGCCAAUAUGAAGGUUGCCAAAUCCGCUGAAGAUCUCAAGCGUUGCAAGGAGGAAAUUAUUCAAGUUGGAGCAUUUUUGGCCAGCGAUAAACGUUAUCUCAUGUACUAUUUGACCGUUGUCUACCAAAUGAUCACACAAUCUGCCAACGAGCCGCCAUCCUAUGCUGUGGCGAUUGUAUUCCAUUUGUUCCAGCCAAAUGUCAUCAUUGAGGCAGUCCAAGCGUUAUUGGAACAAAAUGUUAAGGAUGCAAGCAUACGGAAAACUGUUGGAUUACUCUGCGAAUGGAUAAGAGUAUGCAAUUUCUGUCAGAAUUUAAAUCUUUGGGUCAUGGCUCUAUUGACUGGCCUAAGGGAACAGGGCAAAUAUCGAUUACUAGAUGAAAUUGCUAUGGAUAAUAUUGAGAAGCUAUUUAUGCUAUUUUUAUUUCCCGCCCUGCGUCCUAAAGCGGCUCCCAUAGUAUUUCAUAUGCUAUCGAAUAUUAAUCAGAAUCCAGAGAUUUUCCAUAAGAUCUUGCCAAAGAUCCCUGGUUAUGUGCAUCAUCUGAAGACUCGGUCUGGUACAACAGAUGAAGCCAGCAGCGAGGCUCUCGUUUGCAUGCAGAAACUGAUAGAUAUAACCAAUGCUCUAAUGCUCCGCUUCAAUGACUAUGAUGAGCUAUAUGCCCCCCUUAAGACAACAUUGCAAAUGUAUGAACCAUCGCAUAAUUAUGUUGCCAUUGCUCGGGCCAUGUAUGAGAAUUCAUUACCCACUCUGGGACGAACAAAUGCACGUGUGGGUCUGGUGAAUUUGGGUAAUACCUGUUAUAUGAAUAGCGUACUCCAGGCAUUGGCCAUGACCAGCGAUUUCAGUCGUGAGAUUCUUUUAAUUGAGAGUGGUUCUCUCUUGCUGUCCAAGGUGCAACAACAGAUAGCUCUAAUGCAUUAUUCUCUGCGACACGAAUUGACACCAUCGCGAGUGUUAAAUGCCACACGGCCACCGGGCUUUACGCCUGGUCUACAGCAAGAUAGUUCCGAGUUCCUAGGUUAUUUGCUUGAGUUGCUGCACGAGCAAGAGAUACACAAUCAUCAGAAUCAUCUCAAUGAAGAGGAGGAGUCGUCCCCAUCAAGUGAGCUAUGCCAGGUUAUACCCUAUAAUAGCAAGGAUCGUGAUCUAAUCACCACAAGCAGCACCAGUAGCAGCAGCGGCGGCAGUAAAUCGUUGAAACCCUUGCAAAAACAAACAGGCGAACCAUUAACCUUAUCAACCAUUGAUAAGACAUUUGCUGGUAAAUUAUCAACCACCUAUAAAUGCUUAGAUUGCGGCUGGGAGAGUCGCAAUGAGGAUAGUUUCCGGGAAUUGCAAUUAUCAUUUCCCGAUGACAAGGACGAUUUGGGUGCCACAAAUUAUUCAGUACAGGAUCUAAUUGAAUACUAUUGUUCGCCCGAGAAGUUAGAUGGCGAUAAUCAAUAUUUUUGUCCGCGCUGCAAGAAACUAUGUGAUGCCGAGCGUCGCAUUGGUAUAAUCCAAGCACCGCGUAAUCUCAUCUUGACACUGAAACAGUUCAAGUAUGAUCAAAAAUAUCAUUUUCGUACCAAACUAAUGCACAAGGUGUUCCAUGAUGAGAGUGUCACUGUUAAACUAUGCUCGACCGAUUCGCUACUGGAAAUGUCCAAUGUCCAUUAUGAUCUAUAUGCUGGAGUAGUCCAUGCUGGCUAUAGCAUGGAUUCGGGGCAUUAUUUUACAUUUGCCGCCGAUCAAUCGAAACAUUGGUACAAAUUCAAUGACAGUUUAGUGACAAGUUCCCAGCCCGAGGAGAUGCAUAGCCUCACCUCGCCCAAUACGCCGUAUAUUCUGUUCUAUCAGAUGUGCGGACGUUCGAAUGAUACAAGCGAUACGGCCGUCGGUUGUAGUUCAAUGCCAGUGGAACAAGUUCCAAUAACAACACCGUUGACACUGGAGGAGCUGCCACGACGUUUGCGUGACUAUGUGAAGCAGGAUAAUCGUGUCUAUUCCGAUGAAUUGAAGAUGCAGCAGCCCAUGAAACGGUCAACACGUACCAGUGGGAAUAAUUUCAUAACACGCACCGGGUACGAGGGUGACGAUGACGAUGAUCGUGGUCCACCACCAUCGGCCGGAGGUUGUGGUGGCAAUGGACUGGGAAUGAAUAUGAAUCGUUUUGUGUACUAAAUGGUGAACAACAGUAGUUUGUGGUGAUGGUGGUGGUGAAUAUAUAUAUAUAUACCUAUAUAUAUAUAAGGGGGAGAGAGUAGUAAAAGUGCCCCAGUGCAGCAGCAGAGAUAUGAGAUAUAUAUAUAUAUAUACGUGCAUAUAUUGAAUAUCCAUUUUAUAAUGUUGUAUUUAUAAAAAAAAAAGUAUAAAAAAAGAGACAUAGCUUAUAUGUGUGUAUAACGAUUAAAUCUUAAAUCAAAGGUGCCCUACAUCUACCCCUAAUAUGACUCCCCCGUCUCACCCACACACACCACACAAACACACACACAUGCUGAUUUCCAUUUACAGAGAAUUGUUAUGAUUUUUUUUUGUUUUUGUUAACCAACAGUACCCAAAAUAGUUAUAUAGAAUUAACAUAUACUACCUGUAUACUACUACUAUACAUAUACCUAAAAAAAAAUAAGAAAAAAAUACGAAAAAAAUAUUUAUAUAUAUGGAAAAUUGAAAAAGCAGUUCAACCAAAAUCCUUUACUCACAUCUUACUUUUAGCAACGCACAGACACACACACAUACACACCACAUGCACGCACACACACACACACACACACGCAGAUCUGGCUAUCCAUUAUAUCCAUUGUAUAAUUUUCAAAAUUGUUUAUUCAAAAUUUUCAAUUUAAAUAUAUAUGUUUUGGUGUGAAUAAAUUUAGGUUUUUGGAAUAUUGUUCUAAUAAAAUUGGAAUAAUUUUCAAAUUAAAAAAAAAAGGGAAAUAAAAAAUCGCCAACUGUCA